AGCAGCAAGAGGGCUCGGUUUCUCUGUAGUGGCUGCUCUGCAGAAGAACCUGCUGCCGCUGCUGGCUAGCAAAGCGGGCCCUACCGCUCAAGUGACAGCAGUGCGUGCGGUUUUCAGCUCCAGUCCAAUCCCUGGUGAUAGCUGAAGGGCUGGGCGGCUAACAAACCACCCGAUCGCUUUCGUUUCCCCCCGCGUUGCCUUAUCGGGUUUCCCUUUCCCCGCACGUGCCACGGAGGGGGCGGCGGGUCCUUGGCGCUGGCUCGGUUUCGUUUCUCCGGGCAGCUGUGGCGGGAUGCUGCAUCCCAGCCGGCUGGCCCGGCUCACGCUGCUGCCCCGCUCGCUUUCCGCCAUGGCGGCGCCUCCCGCGGGCUGCUCCGGACAGGCCCGACCGUGCUUCGCUGUGGAGGGGCCCGGCUCGGACCUGGUCUGCUUCACCCUCAGCGGCAGCGAGGGCGCAAGCGCCAGCGGCCGCCCCGAGCCCCGCUGCUUUGUGCCCGCUCCGGGGAGGUGCUAUUCCCUCUGCGUCCCCGCCGCCCCUAGCGUCCCGGCGGCCAGGCUCCACCGGCGUUUGCAGCAGAGGCUGAGGCAGGGGCCGUUCGGGAGAUGCCGGGUCCUGGGGCUCCUCUGCUACGGGGCGCAGGCUGCGCUGGAGAAGGGCUUCCUCAUCCAGGACCCGCAGGGAGGCCCGGAGACCGAGCGCGCCCUGGAGGAACUGCUGCGGGGCCUGGGCGAGCUGCCGCCGCCGCUGGGCGUGUACGAGGCGGGCGAGCUGGGCGAGCUGUGGCAGUGCCUGUGGGCCCUGCGAGGGGCGGGCGGCAGAGAGCUGCUCCGGCGAGCCCGAGUGGUGGCCGUCGAGGAGCCGCCGCUGCACCCCGCAGUGCCCGGCCUUCGCCACGCCGCCGUGUUCCACUCCCUGCAGGCCGCCCGCAGCGUGCUGGAGCAGUGCACAUCGUUAAUCCCUGAAGCCACAGCUGUCCUUGAUCUAGUGGAUAAAUGCCCCAAGCAUUCAAAAAAGGGAGAAUUUCCUGUCAUAGUUAUUGAAGGAUUAGAUGCAACAGGCAAAACAACUGUAACCCAGUCGGUCAAGGACUCACUGAAUGCACUUCUCUUAAGGUCACCCCCAGCUUGUAUCAGCCAAUGGCGGAAGACUUUUGAUGAUGAACCAACACUCAUCAGGAGGGCAUUUUAUGCUCUGGGCAACUACGUUGUUGCUUCAGAAAUAGCAAAAGCAUCCACUGAGUCACCUGUGGUUGUAGACAGGUAUUGGCACAGCACUGCUGCCUAUGCAAUUGCCACUGAAAUAAGUGGAAAAGUGCAAAAUCUUCCUCCAACUCACCAUGAGGUGUACCAGUGGCCUGAGGACCUGCUCAAACCUGACCUUGUCCUGCUGUUGACAGUUAGUCCUGAGGAGCGGAUCCGGAGACUGCAGGGACGGGGGCUGGAGAAAACGGAGGAGGAAACUGAGCUAGAAGCUAACAGUUUGUUUCGCCAAAAAGUUGAAGAGUCAUACAAAAGGAUGGAGAACCCUGGAUGCCAAGAGGUUGAUGCCAGCCCCUCCAGAGAAGAGGUUCUGAGGACUGUUUUGCACCUAAUUAAAAAACACUGUGGUUCAUUAUAGCUGCUUUUGUGUGGCAGCAUUUACAGUGAGUUGCUUAUGUGUCCUCUAUUUUUCCUCCCUGGAAAUGCACUGCGCUCAGCUCUUUUCCAUUCAAAUAAGCUGCUCCAGAAUUCUCAGACAGAAGAGUCUCCCCUUUCCUCUACCCAAUCUAAACAGUGUUUUUAUACUAAACUCUUUCUUUACUGCCUAAUGUACUUUGUAUAUAGGGCAAAACACAACUCACAUGCUGUCCACCAUCCCUAGUGCAGCCACCAACAAAUCAUUAGGGACGUACCAGGUAUAUGAGAUGGUAAUAGGAAUGUGCUGGCAUUUCUAACAAUGUCAUUGUAUUCCAUCACUGCAUAGAAAACCUGAUCCUGCAUUCCUUGCAUACCCAAACUCCAACUGACUUCAGUGUGAGUUUUGGGUGUGCAAGGAAUGCAGAAUCAGGAGGAGAAUCUGAAACACAGUCUAGCAGUAAAGCCAUUAAAUGAUCCAACAUUCAGAAAACCUGGAAACCACAGUCCCAGUGUUGUUUACUAAAAUUGGCAUUUGGAUAUUAGAGUGACCAGCAUCCUGCAGAAGUGUGAAAUAAAUGAGGGCCUGAUUUUUCCAAGUGCUGAGUACCAAUAACUCCUGUUGAAGUCAAUGGAAGCUAUGAGUGCUCAGGCUUCAGUACCAGGCUCUGAAAAAUCAGUCCCUGAGUAAAUAAAUACAAAUAUGUCAAUACAAAAAAAAGGAAAGAUCUGAAUUGCAGGUCAAACCAUUUAAAAGAGAGGCAGGUGGAAGGAGGGCAGAGUCUGCAUACUGGCACAUUAGAAACAGGGACCUGAGAGGAAAUCAAAAUAUAAAACAUUUUAUAAAUAAUAAAUAGAAUAUUUUUUCUACACAGAUUUUUUUUCCCCAACCUAUUUUUAAUGCAUUAAUGUUAUUUGCUCGCCUUUUGAUGGAAUUAAUGUAAAGCAGAAAGACAUGGAGAAUCUACUUGCAACAUUCAUUUUAGUCAGUUUUUUCAGCACUUUAUCUGUACUGAGGUUUCUAUUAAUAUGUUUUAUGCAGAGGCAGUUGGACACCAUCUCUACCCUGCAAAGACUUAUGCAUAGGCUCAACUUUAUACACAUGGGUACUCAUGUUGGGGCUACUCACCAGGCGUAAAGGUGAACAUGUGUGUAAGUCUUUGCAGGAUCAGGGCCUAACUGAAAUUCAAGAUGGAAACCUAAAUUAAAUGGCAUUUUAUUUCUAAUCUUGUUUAUAUUUAAGUUCCUUUAUUAAAUAAGCAUAAUUGCUCAUAAAUAUCUCUUGUAAAUAAAUGUGUACAUGAGUGUGACUGAACAUGGUAUUACCCUCCAUCAGAGCAAAGCGUGUGUGCAAGGGAGAAAAGUGUAAUAGGAAGAAAACCAUCCAAACACAUUUUUAUUUAGUUAAUUUACAUUUUAUUUGGUUUACUUAUUAUUAAGUAAGUAGUGCCUGGUGGCCCUCUACACACACAUAGAAUAGGAACUUACAAUUAUGAUUAUACUGUACCUUUGUCUUAGGAGACAUCUGAAGCGUUCAGAUAAUCAGUUUUGGAUAAAGGAAUUUCAGAUGUGGAGAGCAUAACCAAAUUUGGAUAAUCAGAGGUUGGAUAACUGGGGUUUACUUGUCCUGUAACUUUCAGAGUCUUACCUCUUCCAACCCUACUAAAUGCUCUGCCCAUGGAAUGCAAGUACUCCUUGGUCAGGCAGAGCUCCAGUAAAGCCAGGGUAUUUUUCUGCCUUUCCUGUAUGUAUUGAUAAGGAGGGUAAUGUAGCUAAUAAAAUCUGAAUUACACACACAAGCUAUAACACUUAUGGACUAUUCACAUUCCUUGGAGCUAAUAUACUUGUGAUAUAUAGUGGGCAGUACAAUAAAACAAGAUUGCUCAAGUUAA